UCACAAGAGGAAACGAGCUACCUAGCAUUCGGUACGGGAAUUCGUUCGGUACGCAGCUACAUACAUACCUCCAAGCAGAGCUAGGUAAACUAGAGGAGGAGGAUGUCGUUGGUGAGGUUCUUCGACACGCUGGCCCUGGACGCGUGGAACCCCUUCGGCAGCAUCUUCGGCACGACGGCGUCAAGCGGAACCGACGCGUGGCUGGCCAGCGACACCACGGCGUUCGCCGACACCUACAUCGAGAGCCGGGAGACGGCGGAGGCCUACGUGUUCAGCACCAGGCUCCCCGCGGGGGUCACCAAGGAGGAGGUCAAGGUGGAGGUGGAGGAGGAGGGCAAGGUGCUGGUCAUCGCCGGCGAGCGGUGCCUGCGGAGGGAGGCCAAGAGCGAGACGCGCCACCACGUCGAGCGCAGCAGCGCCACCUUCUUCGGCAGGUUCCACCUCCCCGACGACGCCGCCUUGGGCCAGGUCAGGGCCGCCAUGGACGACGGCGGUGCGCAGCUCACCGUCACCGUGCCCAGGGUUGGCGCCGCCGUCCCGGUGACCAUGCCUGAGCCGGCAGUGGCCAUCGAGGUCGUCGAGGUCAGCCCGUGCUGAUCGCCGACUAAUACGGCAGACGUACACGUACGCAGUAAAGUGGCUGUUCCUAUGUAUGAUACUUUCUCCGUAAACUAAUAUAAGAGCAUUUAGAUUAUUAAAGUAGUAAUCUAAACGCUUUACAGAGGGAGUGUGUUCGAUCGGUCCGCAGGGUAUGCUCUGUGGUUUUGCUGUGAUGCCAUAAAUUGUGGCGCUUGGUGUACGUAAGUAUACGUACUUCCGCAUGUCUGUGGCUUGCUGUUGUGAGUGAGCUGCAUGCCUGUAAUAUGCAUGCAUAUUUGCCUGUACUAUUGCAUGUCAGUUCUGGUGUUCACGGUCAAAUUAAUGAAGUGUUCACAGUCAAGUUAAUGAAGAACGAGCCUGAAUCAUUCCACUA